ACAACGCAUUUACCGAGACCGGCUUCAGAUAAUAUUCUCCACAGUAUCCCUAAAGCAGCAUGAACGCCAUUCCCCCAAACUCACACCACAACCAUCAUCCUUUUUAUCACAAUGCCAGUAGCCACUUCCUCUUCUGGAAGAGCGCUUUACGAUCAUGCAUCCACUGCAUUCGUACAUAAUAUGCCAUUAGAGGCAUUGAGUACAAUUCAAUCUGCCAUACAAACCGGUCAAGCUCAAUCAACCCAACAAUUGGCCGAACAAUUCUUAGUUUUACAGAUAACGGCAUUGUGUGCGAUUUAUACGCCUAACGAUCAGGAUCAACUACGUUCUCGUAUCGAACAUUGGCAGCAAAGUUCAGGAAGGGACGUCCGUUUGCCCAACGAGAUAAGUGAACAACUCUCUCUACCGCCUGAUCAGUUCUUCGUACGACUUUGGUAUCAUACUCUAGCAUACUUUGAUUCAUGCCCUUCCUUGAAAUCCAUCAAGACCAAAGCUCCAUCGAGAAAUACCGCUACCAAAACUAUCUCGACAGAUGGCAUUCCGCCUGAGGCCGUUUCUGCUGCAUUACAAGUACCUGCAGGUGUGAUUGAAGCACUCAUUUUAGGAGCAUUGAAGAUCGAUGAGGAUGUCAAUCGCUCCACAGUACAGCCUAAUGGCAAGCUCAAUGGACAUAAAAAGGUCGACAAGACCAAAAGUGUGCCACAAGGUCUACAAUCAGCUCGUUCGAUUUGCGAGUGGGUUUUGUCCGCUUAUUCGGCAAGUACAGGUUUAGACCAGGUCAAGGAAGAGCGUAAACAUUUACAGGACCAAUACGGACGCACAAUUCGACUGUACGCUUUGGACAUCUUGGCUCUUCGUUUGCAGGAAUGGGAAUAUUCUGUCCAGAUGGUACGAUGUGCAAAAUUGAUCACAGAUGAUCCGAUCGAAUUGCAAGAAAGAGAGACACUUUUAGCCGAACUCGGAGAAGCACAAAUUCAAGCCGAAGCACGAAUCGAUCGUCAUCAGGCUGCAAAAGAGAGAGCCAGACGGAUCCUACAGCAGCAGGUAGAGAAGCGAAAAAUGUCUGCUAGCUUGGACGAUUUGGCAUCCCAACAAGCACAGAAGCGUACAGCUCAGUCCCAAGCUUCUAAUGCCAAAUCAACAAAUGGGACUGCAAAUUCAAAGAGUAGAACUGCCUCAAACCACUCAUUGCCCCCAGUAGAGAAAGAUGCUGGUAAUCGUGAUAGCACGGAGGCGGCAAAGGGGGUAAAGUCUGCAAGAGCUUCUUCCAAUCGUUCACAAUCUUCCUCUCCCACUAUAGAACGCAAGGAAGCUGAUAUAAUCAAAGAUCUCGCUCCGCAAUCGGGCCAUGAAGCGAGAAGGCCAGGGCAAGUUGUAAAUUCGGCUUCGGCCAUUGCCUCUUUUCGGGCAACUCUACGAAUUUGGUUGCAGCAUUUCGGUGGCGUGCCUGCAGUUCUUUUAGCACUUUUUGCCAUCUUUUCAAUAUCAAGAAAGUUGUUUCAGCUCUUGCAAGGAAGAGCGGAUAGAUUAAGCAAUAGUACCAGAUCUACUCGCAUUGCGUCAUCGGGUCCACAACCCCGACUUGCUGUCAAACAAUCAGGCACGCCAGCCUCGCAGCAGCAAGGAUUUAUCUCUGCCAUUUGGACCAAAUUAACCGAUACGGUCCGAAUGGGCACUCAAGUGACUUAUUUGUGAAAUCAAAGGAACUCUUUUUGAGAUCGAUAAACGAUCACCCUUUACUUUUGUUCAAAUUUUCCUAUGAUAUAAACGAAAGUGAAUUUAAGCGAGAUUUAGAUUCAAGAGUAUUAAAAGCGAGAUUUAGAUUCAAGAGUANNNNAAGCGAGAUUUAGAUUCAAGAGUAUUAAAAGCGAGAUUUAGAUUCAAGAGUA